AGUCGCUCCCAGGAGUGACAAUGCCGAAAAUCACCUCACUCAGGAUGUUACCACUGGAUGCAAAGCAUCGCUGGAUGUUUGUAGCAAUCCUGUUCUAUGGGAUAUUGGUCAAGAACAACAUAGUUGGGAGCUCAGACACAAAUGACACCUGCAGACAAAAGAAUGUACUGUUUGCCAGUGCCAUAGAGUCAUCAUAUCAGUUUCCAUCUGAGGUUGUCUAUAAUAACUUCACUGGAAUGAAACUUUGUUUCAAUAUCAAACCUCGGGGGAAUAACAAAACACCAGCCUGUUGUCAAAAUGAAGAUUUCAACUGCAACUUCACAAUAAGGAAUGGUCAUGAAAACGACUUCUGGAUACUGAUUCUGAAUAAUGAGACUCUUUCCAAGCACGAUAUUGUACUGAUGAAGUCACCAGAUCAAAACUACAAUUGUAUGCCAUCAUCAAACACAAGUACCAGUUUCCUCCUAAAAAUUCACCAGUGCUUGAAUACAGGUGUCCAAAAUAUUAGAUUGAGCCAAAACAGCUUCUGUGAAGAAAUUCAACGCUAUGACGAAGACGCUUGCAAAGGUUUAAAAGAAACAGACUACAAUCUCACCAUUUCUUUUUCAAACAAGAGCCACCAUUGUGUGCCAUGUAAGCCACCUGGAAAAAAGCCAGGUGGUGCUAUUACUUUCCCUCCCCCUGAUAGGAAUAAUGGCACUGGUAUCAGCGUGGAAGAUGCAGCAAAAAUCAUGAAUAAUAUCUCCUUAUUGCUGGAACGCAUGGUCAAUGACAGCACAGCAACCAUCACAAUAGGCAAUAUUAAAGGGGUGAUCACUAAACUCCCCCCAAAAAAUCAAACCAACAUCAUCAUUGGCACUACAACAAGUGGUGAUAUAAAUAUUCUUGAGGAUAAUGAUUCGAUGAUGGGCUUUUCAGUGAAAAUCCCUUCAGAGGCCAGCGCCAUGGCAGUGAAAAGAAAUAGUUCAUUUGCUGCACUUCUAGUUUUUCCAGGAAUUCGUCAGGAUGACCCCAAAAGUAUUUUUCUUAACAAUGAGGCAAUUGGAAUUGAAAUGGGAACAGAAAUAUCCAAUCUCUCACAUACCAUAGACAUCAAUUACAGAAAUGUGGACAAGAAUGGAAGCAUUGCUUCUUGUAGAUCGUGGGAUGGAAAAGGGAAAAAGGUGAUCUGGAUCACAGAUGGCUGUAAGACAAAAAAAACCAAUGGCAGCAUCACAUGCCAGUGCUCUCAUCUAACAUUUUUUGCAAUACUCAUGUCCCCUACACCUGGAAACAUAAGCUCUUCAGAUUUCACGUCUCUGACCUACAUCACCUCAAUCGGCUGUGGCCUGUCGAUGUUUUUCUUGGCGGUGGCUCUCUUCAUGUACUGUUUGAUCAGAAAAGGGAAAGCAAGCCAAGCAACUAAGAUCCUGAUGAACCUGUUUGUUUCCAUGUUCACCCUGGACUUCUCCUUCCUGGUAAAUGAGAGCAUUGCCAAUCUGGGAAACUUUGGUGCAUGCGUGGCGGUGGCAGCAGUUAUGCACUACACUAUGUUGGCCACUAUUUCCUGGUUUUUUAUAGAGGGUCUACACUUUUACUUUACUCUAUGGAAGCUUCCCACUGACAUCAAACAUUACAUGAUGAAGAUUUGCGUCGCAGGAUGGGGCACACCAGCUGUAGUGGUGAUCGCUCUUGUCGCCGUGAGACAAUAUGAUUACAUGGUCAUUUACACCAAAGAUGGGAAUUCAGCAAAAAUGUGCUGGAUCUCUAAUGCUGUUGUCCACCAGGGGGUGAACGUUGGUUACUAUACUGUAGUGUUCAUCUUCACCUUCAUCGUAUUUAUCAUGACUGUGCGGAAGAUUGCUCUCCUGAAGCCUGCAGAAGGGAAAGCUCAAGAAACCAGCUCCAUCAGGACAAACGCUUUCUCCAUUCUAGGCCUGUUCCUCCUGCUCGGCAUCUCCUGGGCUUUUGCUUUCUUCAGCUAUGGACCUCUGCUCAUAGCCUCCUACUAUAUCUUCACCAUCCUCAACUCCUUUCAAGGUUUAUUCCUGUUCAUCUACUAUUUCAAUUCCAGCAAGAUCACUAGAGAGGACAAAAGCUUUACAACCAGCGGUAGCACCACAGAUACAUCAAACACAGUUAUCACAAAUCCACAUUGAUUAUGCUCUUCAAGUGGGGACAGAAAGUGUUCUGUGCCAGAGAUUAUGUUGACACAAGAGGGCAGCAUUUUAUUAUAUUCAAGCAAAGCCUCUGUUGAAUGAGGCGCUGGUAAGAUGCUAUAAAAAUCUUCUCAUUCUCCCUGACUACCCAGAUAAUUUGGAUUACCUUCAUUGAGAAAAAUGACUAAUGAGUCAAGCACUGACACAGGAGAUGGAGUAAUCUCCUGGAAAUAAUUUGUGCCGAUGACUCAACAGAAGCCCUGUUUUACUCACUGUGAAACACUCAGAAACGAUUGUUAUUCACUCAGAAUAUAUCACAAAGGUCCUAAAUCAAAGCUUCAGUCAUAAACUGGAAUGUUCAAAUAUUCAAAUGUUCAGAGAAAUAUGACCGAUGUGGUUGUCAUAUGGACUGAAGAUGGCAAAGCGUAAAGAAAAAAAAAAAUAAAAAAUCGCAGGGAAGUCUUAUCUCUCACACUCUUCAGUGUUUGGGGGCCGAGCUAGCCAGCUAGCGCUUUGCGUGCCUGCAGAUAAUUACCUUGUGCCUACAGAGAGCAGUAUCCACUGUGCGGGGAGCCUUAACUGGCUAACAAGAAAUGAGCUCAUGGCUACCUAUAGUGAUAAGAGGCCUGAGGGCACGCCACUAUGUUGAAACUAUUCUCUGAAAUAUGGCUGUAGUUAACUAGCAUUUAAACCGUUUAAUAAGUUAAGUGUAUCUUGGCGAAAUGCAUUACCUUAAUGACCAGGAGUCAUUGGAAAUUGUGUUUUUUUUGUGUGUGUGCAAUUGUUUCCUAUAGAUUUAAUGUAUUAAAUAUUAAAUUCAUAACAGAUUCAAUCUUAAAACAUUAACCAUGAUAUAUAAUAUAAUAUUUUGGAUAUAUAAGUUUUGGAUAAAGAUAUACAGAUGCCUGCUUCUUUUCUAUUUGUUUUUGUAUUCUAAUAGCCUUAAAAGGAACACACUCGUCUUUUAUUGAAAUGUUUGUUACGGCUUGUCAAGGUUUGUUUUUA